GUGAACCCCGUCGCGCCACCUGACGGUGCGCCACAGGUACGGUACUGUAUAUUCCAACCUGCCGUUCGUCUCCCAUUUCCCGCGAACUCACUUGCCUCGCGCGCUCCCGCCGCACACACCAGACCCUCCUUCCUCAUCAGAGGCAAACACAAGCGCGUGCGAGGGGAAGGAUGGCGUCUGUUUCCAGGGCCGUGUGGAGCCUGCAGAGGCCGGUCUCGAACGGCACGAUGACCAGGGAGGCGCCCUCCGGCCGCCGAUCGGUCGCGGCGCCGAGGUCCCGGCGCGCCAAAGCCGUCGUGGUUCGCUCCGAGUCCGGCUCGGGACGCGGCGAGCAUUGCGCCCCUGCCAGGGCCGUCGCCGACGUCGCGCCGAUUCAGGCGACGAAGAAGAGGGUGUUCCACUUCGGCAAGGGCAAGAGCGAGGGCAACAAGACGAUGAAGGAGCUGCUGGGCGGCAAGGGCGCGAACCUGGCGGAGAUGUCGAGCAUCGGGCUGUCGGUGCCGCCGGGGUUCACGGUGUCGACGGAGGCCUGCCAGCAGUACCAGGAGGCGGGGCGCUCCCUGCCGCAGGGCCUCUGGGACGAGAUCAUCGACGGCCUGGCGUGGGUGGAGGAGGAAAUGGGCGCCCGCCUCGGCGACCCGCAGCGCCCGCUCCUGCUCUCCGUCCGCUCCGGCGCCGCGGUGUCGAUGCCCGGGAUGAUGGACACGGUGCUCAACCUGGGACUCAACGACGAGGUGGCCGCCGGGCUCGGCGCCAAGAGCGGCGAGCGCUUCGCCAACGACUCCUACCGCCGCUUCCUCGACAUGUUCGGCAACGUCGUCAUGGACAUUCCCCACGCACUGUUCGAGGAGAAGCUUGAAGCCAUGAAGGAAGCCAAGGGGGUGAAGAACGACAAUGACCUGACUGCCUCUGACCUCAAAGAGCUGGUGGCUCAGUACAAGGAGGUCUACGUCGAAGCCAAGGGGGAGCCAUUUCCCUCAGAUCCCAAGAAGCAGCUUGAGCUAGCAGUGUUGGCUGUGUUCAACUCGUGGGACAGCCCCAGGGCCAACAAGUACAGGAGCAUUAACCAGAUCACUGGUCUGAAAGGCACUGCUGUGAACGUGCAGUCCAUGGUGUUUGGCAACAUGGGGGACACUUCUGGCACUGGCGUGCUCUUCACUAGGAAUCCUAGCACUGGAGAGAAGAAGCUGUAUGGCGAGUUCCUGGUGAAUGCUCAGGGUGAGGAUGUGGUUGCUGGAAUCAGAACCCCGGAGGAUCUUGAUGCCAUGAAGGCACAGAUGCCGGAUGCUUAUGUAGAGCUCGUUGAGAACUGCAAGAUACUGGAGAGCCACUACAAAGAAAUGAUGGACAUUGAAUUUACCGUUCAGGAAAAUAGGCUCUGGAUGUUACAGUGCAGAUCAGGAAAACGUACAGGCCAAGGGGCGGUAAAGAUUGCUGUGGACAUGGUUAAUGAGGGUCUUGUUGAGCGCCGUCAAGCGAUUAAGAUGGUAGAGCCAGGCCACCUGGACCAGCUUCUCCAUCCUCAGUUUGAGAACCCAUCAGCAUACAAGGAUCAAGUAAUCGCUACAGGCUUACCAGCUUCACCUGGGGCUGCUGUGGGCCAAAUUGUAUUUACUGCAGAGGACGCUGAAGCAUGGCAUGCCCAAGGGAAAGCUGCUAUCCUGGUGAGGACAGAGACCAGCCCAGAGGAUGUUGGUGGCAUGCACGCAGCUGUUGGAAUUCUUACAGCAAGAGGUGGGAUGACCUCUCAUGCUGCUGUGGUAGCACGUGGUUGGGGAAAAUGUUGUGUCUCAGGAUGCUCAAGCGUUCUCGUAAAUGAUGCUGAGAAGUCUGUAGUGAUUGGAGACAAGGUGAUGCAUGAAGGUGAGUGGCUAUCACUGAAUGGAUCUACUGGUGAAGUCAUCGUGGGGAAGCAGCCACUUUCCCCACCAGUCCUCAGUGGUGAUCUGGGAACCUUCAUGUCCUGGGUAGAUGAAGUUAGGCAACUGAAGGUUUUGGCUAAUGCGGAUACCCCUGAGGAUGCACUGACAGCAAGAAACAAUGGGGCAGAAGGAAUUGGACUAUGCCGGACGGAGCACAUGUUCUUUGCUUCGGAUGAGAGGAUUAAGGCUGUGAGGCAGAUGAUUAUGGCUCCCACACUUGAACUGAGGCAGAAGGCACUAGAUCGUCUUUUGCCUUAUCAGAGGUCUGACUUUGAAGGCAUUUUCCGUGCUAUGGAUGGGCUUUCAGUGACUAUUCGGCUUCUGGACCCCCCACUUCAUGAGUUUCUUCCUGACGGGAAUGUUGAAGACAUUGUGCGUGAAUUAUGUUCUGAAACUGGAGCCAAUCAGGAGGAAGCCCUUGCAAGAAUUGAAAGUCUUUCAGAAGUAAAUCCAAUGCUUGGUUUCCGUGGGUGCAGGCUCGGUAUAUCAUAUCCUGAGCUAACAGAAAUGCAAGCCCGUGCCAUCUUUGAAGCUGCUAUAGCGAUGACCAACCAGGGUGUUCAAGUUUUCCCAGAGAUAAUGGUUCCUCUUGUUGGGACACCUCAGGAACUGGGGAAUCAAGUGGCCCUUAUCCGUGAAACUGCUAACAAAGUUUUCGCUGCUCUGGGUAAAACCAUUGACUACAAAAUUGGAACUAUGAUUGAAAUUCCGAGGGCAGCUCUAGUAGCUGAUGAGAUAGCAGAGCAGGCUGAAUUCUUCUCUUUUGGAACGAACGACCUCACACAGAUGACAUUUGGCUACAGCAGGGAUGAUGUGGGGAAGUUUCUUCCCAUUUAUCUGUCUCAGGGUAUCCUCCAACAUGAUCCCUUUGAGGUGCUGGAUCAGAGGGGAGUGGGCGAGCUGGUUAAGUUUGCUACAGAGAGGGGUCGCAAAGCUAGGCCUAACUUGAAGGUGGGCAUCUGUGGAGAACAUGGUGGGGAGCCUUCGUCAGUUGCAUUCUUUGCAAAGUCGGGGCUGGAUUAUGUUUCUUGCUCGCCUUUCAGGGUUCCCAUCGCCAGGCUAGCUGCAGCUCAGGUGCUCGUCUGAGGGCACCGCCUCAUCGGCAACCGGAUCACCUGCUGUUGGUGCGUCUGGUGAAGAAUACUAAUACAAAGCCAUGGAACGGUGGAACUCUGCUGCCUGGCAAAGGCCCGUUGUAUCUUGUAUGAAGUCUCCGUGCGCGUGCGCAUGUAAGACUUAAUGUGUGGUUUUCUGCAUUUUCCCUUGAACUACCAUGGUAAUGUAGUACCAAACAGAGAUGAUGACGAAGAACAAUCGAAUAAAUUAAUUGGCGAUUACCUGUGCUGUCAA